AUGCGGCGCGAAAUAAUCGUUGCGCAGGACAGGCAGGAGCAGGCCGCGAAGGCGCGCAGGCAGCAAAUCGAGGCGCUGCAGGUCUCCAUCGAACACCUCGAGGCUAGCUUUGAUUGCUACAUCCGCCAGCCAGACGCGACGCAGCCGCGGCGUCCACUGGCGUGCGAUGCCGAGACGCUCAAUAAUCUCCGACAGCAGCUCGUUGCCGAGGCGCGGCCCGAGGACUUUGACACGCGUCAGCUCUACAAGGAUUGCAUCCGGCUCAGCCACCACAUCGCGGCGAGGAGCCCGAAGGGCGAGGCGAUGCGUUCGAUGAUCCGGCAGCAGUUCAAGUCAAACAUGGGCGAGACCGACCCGACCAAGAUCAACGAGCUGAAGAUGCGCGCCAUCUCGGGGAUCCAAAACUACGUGAUCCACGAGAACACCCGCAAGGCGCUCUCUAAAAAGGGGAAGGAAUACGCCUCCUCCUUUGACGCAGGUAGUGGCGGUGGCAGCAGCGGCAGCAGCGGCAGCAGCAGUGGCGCGUCGUGAAGUAUACGACGGUUGCGCGACGAAUGUGCCCGGCGGUGCCUUGCCUCGAACGCGUCGAAGCCGCUCCCCGCGGCUCUUCCCUCCGACUCAUGCCAACACCCUUUUUU